AUGAGCAAUCAAAAUAUAACACCAAAAAAAAAUAAAUACGUGGACGAGAAUUCCACCCAAUUACUAGAUUUUGAAAGUGAAUUGAAUGAGAAAUUAUUAUCUUCUCCAUAUACAAGCGAUGAAAGUAGUCAUACUCAUCAACGACAUAAUGAUCGCCCAAAUCAUCAACACAAUUUAAGACACAGAAAUAGUUACAGAACUUCAAUUUCCACAAACAAUACAUUAAGCUCACCAAAAAGCAACGAAAUAAUCGGAGAAAUGAUAUAUGAUUCAGGAAACAAUACUGUUGAUAUGGGUAAAAAUAUUAUGGGAGUUAAUAAAGAAAAUUAUAUGAUGAUUACCCAUGAAAAUGAAAAAAUUAUAUCAAAUAAAACCAAAUCAUCACUUGGUCAAAAUAUAGAUGAUCUUGUCAUACAAAGACUGAGUAAUAGCAAAAGAAAAAAAGUGAGAAGGAUUCCAUCAUCUUCUAGAAACAUUUCUUCCAAAAUUGAAAUGGAAAUAAAUCAUCAAAAUGAUCUAAAUACGAGAAAUUAUAAUCUAAAUUCCUUUAAAUUCACUUCUCUAAUAGAUACUAAUUCUGAAGAAUUUAAUGCAAUGCCACACUCAAUGCAAAAGAAAAUAUUACAAAUGAUAAGAAAUAGACAAUCUGCUCAAAAACAUAGAGAUAAACAAAAAAUAGAAAGACAAAAUUUAAUACAGGAAAAUAUGUCUUUAAGAGCAAAAAUUGUUGAAUUAACUAACGAAUUACAAGAACUUAGAGCCAAACAAUUAGCUAUACUUGAGCAAGAAGGAAUGCUUUCACAUAUUAAAAAUGGAUAUAGAUUUACUAACUAUAAUAUGAAUACUCAGCUAAGUAAUAUUAAUGGAAAUAUUAUCUCAGGUAAAAGAAUUGAUAAUAUUAAUAUUACUAAUAGAAAUAGUCUUGGAAGUGAAGAUACAGAAAUUAAUCAUCACAAUAUUAUUUGUAAUGAUAAUUUACUUAAUGAAAAAAGUAAGACUAAGAUAGAUAAUAUUGGAGUUAAAAAUCAGGAAAUUGAUUGUGGAUUUGAUUUUGUUCCUGUUGAUGAGUAUUCAAAUAUUGGGAUAUGGGGUUCCAUAUGUGAUACGGCUCAUAGUAAUACAAAUAGUGGUAAUAAUACAACUGCUAAUCAUAAUAAUAAUAUUGUUAGAAACAAUAACUUAUGUAACCAGUUAACAAUACAUCCUAAUAUUGAUGUAUUGCCUUGGAUUGGAGGUGUUGGAGGAGUGGGAGGAGUUGUUGCAUGGAAUAAACAAAGUAAUUUUGUCGAAGAUAUGCUCAUAAGCAGCAAAUGA